AAAAAAAAAUAAAAACAAACACCAAAAAUAAAAUAAUAAAAAAAACCAAACUUACAAUUUCCUGCUUUUUUACUUUUAAUAAUUUAACAACGUUUUUUUUUUUUGAAUUAAAUUCAAAAAAAAAAAAAGAAAAUUCCAAAAAAAAAAUAAAAGACAAAAAAAGAAGAAAAGACUUUUGCUAAUACUAAGGAUAAAUAAAUUGUAAGGAUUUAAAUAGGAAUAAAUUCGUAUAUAAAAAUUAAAAAAUAAAAAAAAAAUCAAGAUUUUGCGUACCUAAAUUAUUGAAGGACAAUCAGCAUACAAGAAGAUAAAGCAUAAAUAGGCGCUCAGAACAAGUGAAAGCAAAAAGGAUAAAAAGGAUUUAUUGAUGAAUAAAUUUUAUAUAUAAAAUACACCGAUUCUAUAUAGACCGAUAAAAAAUUCAAAAUCUAUAUACUAUUUUAUCAAAAACAUAAUAAAAGCAAUAUUAAGAUAUCUACAUCAUAUACAUACAUAAUACGCAUUCAUAAACUUAUAAAAGCAAAAUAACCAUUAAAAUUGCUAUUUUGUACUGACUGUCUUUCGAAAUAAAAAUAUAAACAAAAAUAAAACAUAAUUCUCUCUCUUGUUCUCUCCCAUACAAUACAAAAAGUCGUAUUUCUCUUGAAAGAUUUUGAAGUUAAAUAAAGCUAAAAAAAAAACAUAUAAAGCAGAUAUAUAAAGUAUUAAUAAAUCCUUAAUAAAGUAAAAGGAUCUUUAAUAGCGAAAUUUUUUGAUAAAAAUUUUUUUUGUGUGAAGAGUUUAAUAAAAAAUCUUUCAAAAUUACUAAACAACAGGAAAAAACUUCAACUAAAAGCAAAAUGAUUGCUAACGGCUUAGAGAGCAGCCAACAAAAUGGCCGCGCUGGUUCCAUAAGCAGCGGCCAAGAUGACAGCAAAACAAAUUUGAUUGUCAACUAUCUACCGCAAACAAUGACACAAGAGGAAGUUAAAUCUUUAUUUUCCAGUAUUGGAGAUGUUGAAAGCUGUAAACUAAUAAGGGAUAAGGUCACUGGUCAAAGUCUUGGUUACGGUUUCGUGAAUUAUCAAAAAGCUGAAGAUGCAGAUAAAGCUGUUCAUACAUUUAAUGGUUUACGUUUACAAAAUAAGACAAUAAAAGUAUCAUUUGCUCGGCCAAGUUCAGAUGCAAUUAAAGGUGCUAAUUUAUAUGUAUCAGGUCUUUCAAAAAGUAUGACACAAACUGAUUUAGAACAUUUAUUUCAAUCAUACGGACAAAUUAUUACAUCGAGAAUAUUAUGCGAUAAUAUAACUGGUUUAUCAAAAGGUGUUGGUUUUAUACGAUUCGAUCAACGUUGUGAAGCCGAACGAGCUAUACAAGCUUUAAAUGGUACAACACCAAAAGGUGCUAAUGAACCAAUAACAGUGAAAUUUGCCAAUAAUCCUAGCAAUAAUAUUAAUAAAACUUUACCACCAUUAGCUGCAUAUUUAACACCACAAUCAAAUCGCCGUUUCCCUGGGCCAAUACAUCACCCCACCGGUCGUUUCAGAAAACUAUCUCCAUUCAGAUUUUCUCCAUUAACUGGAGAUUUACUUGGAAAUACUAUUUUGCCAACAAAUGCUAUUAAUGGUUCUGGGUGGUGCAUAUUUGUUUAUAAUUUGGCUCCAGAAACUGAAGAGAAUGUUUUAUGGCAAUUAUUUGGUCCAUUCGGCGCUGUUCAGAGUGUUAAAGUGAUUAAAGAUCUUCAAACAAAUAAAUGCAAAGGUUUUGGUUUUGUAACAAUGACCAAUUAUGAUGAAGCUGUUGUUGCUAUACAGUCAUUAAAUGGCUAUACAUUGGGUAAUCGUGUCCUCCAAGUCAGUUUCAAGACGAACAAUACUAAAAAUAAAACAAACUGAAAUGAUAUUAAAAAAUUUAUAUAAAUAUUUAUUUAAAAAUAUAUUAUAUAAAAUUAUUUAAUGAGAAAACAAAAAAAAAGAAAUGAUAUACAUACAUAUUUUAUGAAAUAUUAAAAGAAUGAAAAAAAAACCAUAAAUUUUUACAUUAACAUACAUACAUAUAUAUAAAAAUAUAUAUUAUAUAUUCAUAUAUAUGUUUAACAUUUAAUAAGAAGAAAAAACAAAACAAAAACCAUUUUAAAUCUUAGAAAAACCAAUAUGUAUUUAAAAUUUUAAUUUUAAUUAAAUGUCGUUCAAAACAACCAUACCAAAAAUAAUAAUAAAAAAAAAAUUAAUUAAAUUAAUAGUAAAGAACUUAAAAAAAAAUAAAAACAAAAUGAAUAUAGAAUGGAUAAAAAAAUCUUUAAACUAUUUUAUAAAAAAAAAAGCAAAAGAAAAAAUUAAAAAUAAAUUAAUUUAAACACUUUAUAUUAAUUAUUAUUAAAACAAAAUAAAUUAAAUUAAAUUAAAUUAAAAAAAUGAAAACCUAUAUAAAAUUAACAUAAUUUUU